ACCAACACCAAACAAAAUAAAAAUAUUACGUUAAGAAACCUCAAAUUCCUCUCUCUCUUUCUCCUCUAGUAUUGACUGAGUAUGCCGUCAAGAUACCUCACCAGUGUCAAUUCCUCGUCGGUGAUGGCAGCAGAACCGCCGGACGCCGUUGACGUGGACUCGGACUUUGUAGUCAUCUUGGCUGCCCUUUUGUGUGCCCUAAUUUGUGUGGUCGGACUCGUAGCAGUAGCUCGCUGCGCGUGGCUCCGACGGGUUUCAGGUACUUCGUCCGGAACCGGACGGUCGCAGCCGCAGGCUUUGGCUAAUAAAGGACUGAAGAAGAAGAUUCUUCGUGCACUCCCCAAGCUUACCUUCAACGGCGAUGUCAACGGAAAGCUGGCAGACUGCGUCAUAUGCUUGACGGAAUUCGUGAACGGAGAUGAGAUCCGAGUUCUUCCGCAGUGCGGCCAUGUCUUCCAUGUCGGAUGUAUAGAUAUGUGGCUUGGAUCACACUCAUCAUGUCCAUCUUGCCGCCAGAUUCUUGUCGUCGCUCGAUGUCAGAAAUGCGGCGGUUUACCGGCGACUUCCACCGGCGAUGUUGACACAGAAGCCGGAUUGAAGGCCAGAGAAGAUGAUGUCAAUAGGUUUUUACCUUAAUAUCAUCUCUUUGCUUCUCUAUAUUUGUAUAAUCAUCUUCUUCUUCUUCCCCACCUCCCCCUCUAAUUA